AUGUCAUCGGCGUGGAGUACCUGUUCUACCAGACUGGCGUCGCGCUGCAGCAGGAUCUCGGCCGGGACCCCGACGCUGGGGACAGACGAUGAUGGGACAGAGGAGGUGGAGGUGGAGAUGGCGUGGGAGGGAGAGGAGAAGGAGGAAGACAACGAGGGGUUCCAGGAGGAGGAGCUAGGGGACCUGAGGUUCGCUGACGACCUCAGCGCGCUCCUCAAGGCGACGCUUCCCAUCCCUCGACCUGCCACCGCCACUGCCUCCACGUCGACCCAGUCGGACCCGUCCGAGCUGCCCAAGGCGGAGGAGGAGGAGUAG